UCGCUUGUUUUUGAUCUGCACUCUGCAUGUGUGAUUUUGCACUAAAAAGUUCAUAAACUCUUGAAAGAGGUUACAGUUUUUUUUUUUAACUGGCCGAAUCUUCUUUCACAUGUAAACGCACAAUUCCAAAAAACUUUUGUAAAUAAGUUUUUAAUGAUGGAACUUGACCAGUCUAUAUUGCUACAAAAGCAGGUAAGAAAUAAUUCAGAGGAUUUGCACAGUGAGUUUCUGGAUUUGAAAAAUUGGGAAGAAGAAAUGAAACGGAAAGAGCGAGAAUUGAUAAACGAACAUGAUGAGCAGCAUAGUUUACCUCCUGUUAGAAGUAAAAUUCGAAAAACAUCUACAGUAAAUGAUAACAAAACAACAACAAAGAAAACAACUGAUAAUUCUAAGAAAAUAAGAUCAUUUGAUUAUUCAGCAUGGGAUAAAUUUGAUGUUGAAAAAGCUUGCGAGGAAGUAGAUAAGAAUGAAGAAUCUGACGAUUCUGCUGAAGAACCUAUGUUAUCCAAAGAAGAAUUGGAAAAAAAUCAUAGCAGAGCAACAACACACAAAGAAGAAGGAAACAUUUUUGUUCAACAGAAAAAUUGGUCUAAAGCGCUUGCUUCGUAUAAUGAGGCAAUAAAAAUUUUUCCUUAUGAUGCUGUUUUCUAUGCCAAUCGUGCUCUUUGUCAUUUAAAGCUAAAUAAUUUAUAUAGUGCAGAAGCAGAUUGCUCAUCUGCAAUACAAUUAGACGAUAAUUAUGUGAAAGCUUAUCAUAGACGAGCAGUAGCUAGGAUGGAAUUGAAGCAAUAUAAGGAAGCAAAAGAAGAUGUACAAAAACUGUUGAUAUUGCAACCGUCUGAUAAAGAAGCAAAGGUCAUGCUCAGACAAAUUGAUAAGCAUCUUGAACAUUUACAACCAACCAUAAUUAGAGAAGAUAUUGAUAAAAAUAUUUCACUGGAGAAAAGAAUCGCCGAAAAAAUGUUGGGUGAUGUAAAAUUAAAUAGAAAAGUAAGCGACACGAAGGAAGAUAAAAAUAGAAAAAAUAGUAUAAAUGUAGAAGCUGCAAAACCACCAAGUGUACCAAUUAUAAGUGAAACUACGAGCAAAACAAUUACAAGUACAACAGAAUCAAAAAAAGAUAAACGCAUUCCAGAUUGGCUGCCGGAAAAAGAUAACGUUGAAAUUGUAGAAGCUAUUCAGAAACUUCCUCACUUACGUUCCAAGGAACCAUUAAAGAGGAUACUCGUACAAGAAGCUGACCUGAGUAAACCUUUUAAAGAAAAAGAUGAAAAACUCAAUUACACAACUGUAAAGGCAGAAUUGACAAAUACACGUUCUGACAAUAGUGCAAACAAUAAAAAGGAGACAAUUUCACAAAAUACACUAGAAGAAAAUUAUGCUGAAAAUGAUAUAGAAAUUCCUCCCGUUCCGAAAACCGCAGUACAAUUUUUAGUAAAUUGGAAAAAAUGUACUACAUCAGACGUUCGAUAUAAAUACUUGAAACAAAUAUCACCUGAUAGUUUACCAAACAUAUUUCAAGAUUCAAUGGAAAGUGAUAUUUUUAGCAGUAUCUUAAAAACGCUAAAAGAGUUCAUGGAACGCCAACAAUCAGUAUUUUCGUAUUUGAAAAAUCUCAGCAAUAUUAAGAGAUUUCGCGCAUUAAUUAUGUUUCUUAGCAAUGCAGAAAAGCAAGAUUUGAAACUUAUUUUGACAUAUUGCAAAACGACUGAAAAGAUAUCCACGGAAGAGAUCGUCGAGUUGCAGAAUAAAUAUGAAAUUUAAUGAAAUAUAACAAAACAGAUUAAAUCUGUAAGUAAAUAAAUAAUACUUACUAUUAAAA